AUGGCACCCAAAAGAUAUUAUGCUCUUUCUCUGUCUUUUUGACGGCUCUGAGUCUCAGCUUCGCGCUUUUUUGUAAAACCCUAAUUUUCACUCGCUCAGUCAUCCAUUGCAGCUCCUCCUCCUCCUCCUAAACAUAUAAAUACAGUAAAAAAUAUAAAAAUCAAAAUAAAAAUCAAAAUCGAUCGAGGUUUGAACAAUGGAGAUUCAAAAACAAAGCAAACAACAACAACAAGAGUUUGCUUUAGCAUCAAUAACCGAGCUUGCUUCUUCUUCUUCGACCUCGUCGUCUUGUUCAGGUUCUCAAUCGGUACCGGUAAUUGCUAGGUUUAGCGCCGAAAAUGGAGUUGCGGGGCUUCGAUUUAACCGAGACUCUGAAUCAACUGAUUCUAUCAGUGUUGAUGUCAGAACUACUCAGUUAUUCAAGCUAGGGCCUUUACAAUCAGUUUGCAUAGCUGAAGCUUCGGGUGCUGGCACGGGAAAAGAAAAAUAUUCAACAGGAGUCAAUGUCCAAUUUAGAAAUGAGGAGGAGAGCAGGGCCUUCCAUUGUGCAUUUGAGCAAUGGAAGAAGAAAGACACUGUUCAAGGAACAUUGAUGCCUAAUGGAGCAGUCACGUCUUGUAAAAGCAAGUUUGAAGAUAAAAUAGAACCAUCAUCUGCCAAAAUGUAUUUCCAUUAUUAUGGGCAACUGCUACAUCAGCAAAACAUGAUGCAAGAUUAUGUGAGGACAGGAACCUAUUAUGCUGCAGUCAUUGAGAACCGUGCAGAUUUUUUUGGUCGUGUGGUGGUUGAUGUCGGUGCUGGUAGUGGUAUUUUGUCAUUAUUUGCUGCUCAGGCUGGUGCAAAGCAUGUCUAUGCUGUGGAAGCAUCUGAAAUGGCAGAAUAUGCCCGGAAACUGAUUGCUGGAAACCCAUCACUUGGGGAAAGGAUAACAGUAAUAAAGGGUAAAGUUGAGGAAGUUGAAUUGCCAGAAAAAGCAGAUAUUCUAAUAUCUGAACCAAUGGGUACCUUGUUAGUCAAUGAAAGAAUGUUGGAGUCCUAUGUGAUUGCAAGAGAUCGUUUUCUUGUUCCAAAUGGAAAAAUGUUCCCUACAGUUGGAAGGAUACACAUGGCACCUUUUAGUGAUGAAUACUUAUUUGUUGAAAUUGCGAAUAAGGCCCUCUUUUGGCAGCAACAAAACUAUUAUGGUGUUGAUCUGACACCCUUGUAUGGAUCUGCAUUUGGGGGAUACUUCUCUCAGCCUGUUGUAGAUGCUUUCGAUCCAAGAUUAUUGGUGGCUCCUACAAUUUGUCAUGUUUUAGACUUUACUGAAAUGAAGGAAGAGGAUUUAUAUGAGAUUGUUAUACCUUUGAAAUUCAUAGCCUCUGUAGGAACUAGAGUUCAUGGUCUGGCCUGCUGGUUCGAUGUGUUAUUUAAUGGGAGUACUGUACAAAGGUGGCUUACAACUGCCCCUGGUGCGCCUACCACCCACUGGUACCAGUUACGUUGUGUUCUGUCUCAGCCACUCUAUGUGAUGGCAGGGCAAGAAAUUACUGGCCAGCUCCGGAUGGUUGCCCACAAUGCUCAGAGUUACACUCUAUAUUUAACUUUGUCAGCUAAAAUGUGGGGCCCUGGUGCUGAACAAGGAGGAAUACUUCAGACAUCAUCAUGCAAACUCGAUCUAAAAGAACCAUAUUACAGGAUGUCCCAACCACAAGCUUAUGCAAUGGCACAAGAUCAGCAACCACACCAGCCAAUACACACUCAGGAUAUACACAUUCAAGCAGCGGAUGAUUUAGAGGAGCCCGAGUUGAUACAGCCACCACCUCAGAAUUUGGAUGGCCAGCUCCAGUAAGUUAAUAAUGGAGUCUUACAGGCUUGUGACAGUUUUUAACAUGGCAUAUCUUUGUUACACAUAACUGCUUCACCUAUGCAAGGGUCCUUCAUUUAUUAAUUGAACUCCCAUCCUCCCUGCCCCGUUCAGUUCCCUUGUAAAUUAGAUAAAAUCUGAAGAGUUUUUUUCAAAUUUAUUGCUUUCAGUGGUUACAUUGUGGAUCCUGUUUACCAUUUCAUAAUUAUUUUAGCGGGUUUAAGUAA